UUUCUUUGAUUAAAUAGGCAUUAGGACACCUUUUCAAAAAGGCUUUUCUGUGGUGUUCAGAAUCAUUUCUAGAAAUUGAAACCUCAGACUUUCCAAGAUGUACCUCAGUGCUGCAUACCACCGCAUACCUCUAAGUGAUGGAAACAGCAUUCCUAUCAUCGGUCUUGGUACCUACUCAGAACCUAGAUUGACCCCUAAGGGGACCUGUGCAAGAUCAGUGAAAAUUGCCAUUGACACGGGGUACCGGCACAUUGAUGGCGCCUACCUCUACCAGAACGAGCACGAAGUGGGGGAGGCCAUCAGGGAGAAGAUAGCAGAAGGAAAGGUGCAGAGGCAGGAUAUCUUCUACUGCGGAAAGCUGUGGGCUACACAUCAUGACCCACAGAUGGUCCGCCCAACUCUGGAGAGGACGCUCAAGGACCUCCAGCUAGAUUAUGUGGAUCUUUACAUCAUUGAAAUACCUAUGGCUUUUAAGCCUGGAGAUGAAUUCUAUCCUAAAGAUGAAAAUGGCAAAUGGUUAUAUCACAAGUCAAAUCUGUGUGCCACUUGGGAGGCUUUAGAAGCUUGCAAAGAUGCUGGCUUGGUGAAAUCCCUUGGUGUAUCCAAUUUUAACCGUAGGCAGCUGGAGCUUAUUCUGAACAAACCAGGACUUAAGCAUAAGCCAGUCAGCAACCAGGUUGAAUGCCAUCCAUAUUUCACCCAGCCAAAACUCUUGAAAUUUUGCCAACAACAUGACAUUGUCAUUAUUGCAUACAGCCCUUUGGGGACCUCUAGGAAUCCAUCCUGGGUGAAUGUGUCUUCCCCACCUUUGUUAAAGGAUGCACUUCUAAACUCACUGGGGAAAAAAUACAAUAAGACAGCAGCUCAAGUUGUUUUGCGUUUCAACAUCCAGCGAGGAGUGGUUGUCAUUCCUAAAAGCUUUAACCCUGAAAGGAUCAAAGAAAACUUUCAAAUCUUUGACUUUUCUCUCACUGAAGAAGAAAUGAAGGACAUUGAAGACCUGAAUAAAAAUGUCCGCUUCGUGGAAAUGCUCAUGUGGUGUGACCAUCCUGAAUACCCAUUUCAUGAUGAAUACUGACUUCAGAGAGCUCCGCAACCGACAUUUUCCCUCCUGUAUGUGCCAGGACUUUGGGCUGGGUGGUUCCUCCAGCUAUGGAAAUCAAAGGAGUUUACUAUCCUCAGAUGAAAUGGUGAUGGAGACACACUUAACUUUUGUGUAGUGUAAGUGACUUUGACUUAGCUAUGUGGGGGAAAAAAAUAGGUUUAAAUCUGUUGAAAUAACUUGGAAAUGAUCAGCUAAUAUUUUAUUAAAUCAAUGUCUUCUGGGUUUCAGAAAGAAAAAUAUUAGGCUUUAGAAAAGACUUCAAAGGCAACAUAUGAAGAUAAAUAACACAUGAAUUCGGACACUGCUGCCAUGGGUAGUCUGAGUUCUUUAGCAGUUAACAGGGCAA